AUGUCUCAACAAAUAACCAGAGAAGAGGUCGCAAAGCACACCUCCGAAGAGGACCUCUGGUUCAUCGUUGACCACAAGGUCUACGACGUCUCAGACUUCAUUGACGCGCACCCCGGCGGUUCAAUCGUCCUCGAACAAGUCGCCGGACAAGACGCAACCGAAGCCUUCUACAACCUCCAUCGACACGAAGUAUUACAGCAAUACGCCUCACUAUGCAUCGGCACUAUCGAAGGCGAGAAGCCGGAGGUGAUCGAUCCACAGAUUGGCGACCUCAGCAAGGUCCCGUACGCGGAGCCAAUGUGGUUGUCUCCCGAAUUCAAGAGUUCGUUCUAUAGCGACAAGCACAAGAGGUUGCAGAACGCGAUGAGGAAGUUUGUCGAAGAGCACAUGAAGCCGGAGGCGCAGGAGAAGGAGAAGAGUGGGGAGUUCAUCAGUCAGGAGCUCAUUGACAAGAUGGCUGAGGCGAAUGUGUUGGCUAUGCGGAUGGGGCCUGGGAAGCACCUCGAAGGUCGGAGUCUGUUGGGCGGAGUGAUUGAUGGGAAAGACUACGAUUACUUCUGCGAUCUUAUCAUCAGCCAGGAGCUUACGCGCAUGAAUGCUAGAGGGUUUCAAGACGGGAAUAUGGCAGGGAUGACGAUCUCACUGUCUGCUGUGCUUGCUUGGGCGAACGAUGAGAAGCUGAAGAAUAGGGUUGCUGAGGAAGUGCUGUCUGGGAAGAAGAAGAUGUCAUUGGCCAUCACAGAAGCCUUUGCUGGCUCUGAUGUUGCUGGCCUUCGAACGACCGCAGAGUUGAGCGAAGACGGCAGCCAUUACAUCGUCCGCGGCACCAAGAAAUGGAUUACCAAUGGAAUGUUCUCCGACUACUUCGUAACCGGUUGCAAGACAUCGAAGGGCUUCUCCGUGCUGCUGAUACCCAAGACUGAGGAUGUCGAGGUCAAGCUCAUCAAGACUUCGUACUCGACUGCUGCUGCCACGACAUACAUCGAGUUCAACAAUGCGAAGGUACCGAAGGAGAACCUGCUUGGAGAAGAGCACAAAGGCUUCGUCGUGAUCAUGAGCAAUUUCAAUCACGAGCGAUGGAUGAUGGCUUGCAUGGUGUCCCGAUGGAGCCGUACAGUCCUAGAAGAGUGCCUCAAAUGGUCGCACCAACGCAUGGUCUUCGGCAAACCACUCAUCUCCCAGCCCGUCAUCCGUCAAAAGCUCGCCCGCAUGAUUGGCCUCGUCGAGUCCAACCAAGCCUGGCUAGAGCAAAUUACCUACCAGAUGAACCACAUGUCCUAUAAAGACCAGGCCAAGAACCUCAGUGGACCCAUCGGGCUUCUCAAGACCUUCUGUACGCGAAGCGCGCAUGAGAUCGCAGAUGACGCUGUGAAUAUUUUUGGCGGGCGAGGGAUAACUCAGAGUGGAAUGGGUAAGGUGGUCGAGAUGUUCCAUCGGACAUACAAGUUUGAUGCGAUCCUUGGUGGCGCGGAGGAGGUACUGGCGGAUCUGGGGGUGCGACAGGCGAUGAGGUUUAUGCCUAAUGCUAAGCUGUAG